AUGGUUCGAUCUGGAGAAGAGGAGCCUCAGGAGACACCUUAUUCUCUCUACAGUUUCCUGAAAGGAGGUUGUGUGGAUUGCAUGGAUCCUACCUGCUCGGGACGAGGGGUGUGUGUGCGUGGAGAGUGUCACUGUUCUGUCGGCUGGGGAGGAACCAACUGCGAGACCCCAAGAGCCACGUGUCUGGACCAGUGCUCUGGUCAUGGGACCUUCCUCCCCGAUACCGGCCUCUGCAGCUGUGAUCCUAACUGGACUGGCCACGACUGCUCAAUCGUUUUAGAUCAUCCUCCAAAUCUUCAAAAUCAUUCAAGACUCCGAACUCCACCACCUCCAAUAUCACAUGCUCACACCCCAAACCAACAUCACGCAGCCUCCAUCAAUUCCCUGAACAGAGGGAACUUCACUCCACGCAGCAACCCAAGCCCAGCUCCCACGGACCACUCUCUGUCAGGGGAACAACCAGCCAGCACUCAAGAACCAGCCCACGCUCAGGACAACUGGUUACUGAACAGCAACAUCCCGCUGGAAACCAGAAACAUAGCAAAGCAGACAUUCCUAGAGACAUUGCAGGACAACCUCAUUGAGAUGGACAUUCUCACCUCCUCCCGACAUGACGGUGCUUACAAUGAUGGGCACUUCCUGUUUAAACCUGGAGGGACUUCUCCCCUUUUUUGUACAACGUCGCCGGGAUAUCCCUUGACGUCCAGCACUGUGUACUCACCUCCCCCUAGGCCCCUUCCCAGAAGUACCUUCUCUAGGCCUGCCUUUAACCUGAAGAAACCCUAUAAGUACUGUAACUGGAAAUGUGCUGCCCUGAGUGCCAUUGUCAUCUCGGUCACGCUGGUGAUCCUACUGGCAUAUUUUAUAGCCAUGCACCUGUUUGGCCUAAACUGGCACCUGCAGCCGAUGGAAGGGCAGAUGUAUGAAAUCACGGAAGACACAGCCAGCAGUUGGCCAGUGCCAACGGACGUCUCCUUAUAUCCUUCGGGGGGCACAGGGUUAGAGUUACCUGACAGGAAAGGCAAAGGAACCAGUGAAGGAAAGCCCAGUAGUUUCUUUCCAGACGACAGUUUUAUAGACUCUGGAGAAAUUGAUGUUGGCAGACGAGCCACACAGAAGAUCCCUCCUGGUAUCUUUUGGAGAUCUCAGGUGUUCAUCGACCACCCAGUGCAUCUGAAAUUCAAUGUGUCUUUAGGAAAGGCUGCUCUGGUUGGCAUCUAUGGCAGAAAAGGCCUUCCACCAUCACAUACACAGUUUGACUUUGUUGAGCUCCUCGAUGGAAGACGCCUUUUGAGCCAGGAGGCGAGAGGCUUGGAAGGGCCUCAACGGCAACACAGAGCCUUUGUGCCCUUGUCCAGCCACGAGACAGGCUUUAUCCAGUACUUGGAUUCAGGCAUAUGGCAUUUGGCCUUCUACAAUGAUGGCAAGGAGUCGGAGGUGGUUUCUUUCCUUACCACUGCCAUUGAAUCAGUGGAUAACUGUCCCAGUAAUUGCUAUGGGAAUGGAGACUGUGUGUCUGGGACUUGCCAUUGCUUUCUCGGCUUUCUGGGCCCUGACUGUGGUAGAGCAUCCUGUCCGGUGCUGUGCAGUGGGAACGGGCAGUACAUGAAAGGGAGGUGCUUGUGCCACAGUGGCUGGAAAGGAGCAGAAUGUGACGUCCCGACCAACCAGUGCAUCGAUGUCACCUGCAGUAACCAUGGGACGUGCAUCAUGGGGACCUGCAUCUGCAACCCAGGGUACAAGGGCGAGAGCUGUGAAGAAGACAAUGGAAAUAGGCUGAGCUGGAUUCAGACGUUGGAAUGGCAUCUAAUGUAGCAAUUCUUUUGAUGCAUUUUGUGUGUUGGAGUGGGACAUUUCUGAUGUACCACAGCUUCUGUGUUAGAAAUACACGCAUAGUGUUAGAAAUGAAGAGAAUAUCAGCACAGUGACUGUAAGCCACCUCCUGAGAAAGCUGCACUGUGGCUUAAGAAGGCACAAUUCAGUGAAGUCAUGGGGCGUGCGAACACUGAAGAUGGUGUCUACUAAAGUGCCUUUAAAACAUCUCCACAGAUCUCAUUAUUUACAAGAUCAUAUCUUUACUGAAUAAACCGAAAUGAAAAAAUACUCAUUUUGCCUUCAGCAAGUCAUGUUGCACGUGUGUGAAUCACAGUAAGAUUUGUCCUUUUUUUAACAGGAGCCUCUUUUCCCUGGUCAUGUUCAAGCAGAAAAGUCAAAUAGCACUCCACUGUUUUAUGCUGUCACUGUAGUAGGUGAUGGCAUCAGUCCCACUAGGUAACAA